UGAGUUCUAACAUGUCAGCGCCCAACCCUACUCUGCUCAAGACUAUGAAGAAGGUUCCAAGUAAAGUAAUCGAAGAUCAGAUGUCUGGCAAGAGCAUAUUUGAACAAUAUCCAAAGCCAAAGAUCAUCCAGUUCUUGAACAUUGGAGAUAAUUCAAAUUAUGUAGAGUCUCAUGUGCCUGUUGAUGAGCCUAUUUUCCAACCAAAUCCACACGUCAUCCAAUUUACAAACUAUGAGGAGCUCCAGACCAAAGAGAAGAUUUUGAAAUUAAGAAACAAAGACAAGGUUCCAAGAUGAGUGAAGAUAAUUCCUCCUGAUUCCAAAUUGUUCCAGGUUUGCCCUGCAAAGAAGAAAAAUUUAAAGAUCAAGGGAACUCCUAAUGCCUCAAAGUUUGCUGAAACUGAAAUAAAUAGCGAUACCAAAUUAAAGAGAUCAAGCAUUGCCAGCCAUAAAUUAGGCGGAGGGACUCAAGAGAUUCAGACUAUGUCAUCGCAUAUGGAUGGAGAGAAAUCAGAUCUCUCUAAUGUGAGUUGCAAAGUUGCCCCAGGAAUGGAGAUCUCAUAUAUCAUCAAGUUCUCUUCUGAUACUAAAAUGGACUACUCCUACGACCUUAUGGUUGUCACUGAAAGAGAGAAAUUCAUUGUUCCAAUCAGAGCAGUUGGAUACAGAUCAAUGCUUGACUUCCCUGACACUCUUGAUUUCGGACUUGUCCCUGUAAAGCAUACUGCUGAGAAACCUGUAAUGAUCAGAAAUAUAGGUGAAAAGACAACUAAGUGGCACCUUAAGGUUCCUGAUGAUUUCCUAGUUGAUAAAUAACCAAGGAAUCCUUGAGGUCGGAGACAGUGAACAGCUUGUUUUCAUGUUCAUUCCACAAGAGAGUAGACCCUACAAGGAAGAGAUGCUACUGUGAUAUGAUAAUCUGGAUGCAGCUAUUCAAAUUUAUGGAGAGAGCCACAAUGACAAUGUGUAUCUUAGCAAGAACCAUCUCCAUAUGGAAGAUACUUAUAUCACUCUCUAUUCCCACCAAUAUUUUCAGAUAGUCAAUAAAAGUAGUGUUCCCGUUGAGUUCUCAUGGAGAGCAUUCCAGACUGAAGUUGAAGAGCACAAAAAGAAAUCUCAGUUAAUCGCACAACUGAAUGAUGAAGAAGCUAAUGAGAGAAUGAUUCUUGAAGAAUCUAAUCUUGAAGAAGAAAUCAAUGAGCCAUUAGAUAGUGAUGACUCGUAUGAUGAAGAAGAACUAAACAAGAAGCAAGAACGAGCUCAGACGAAGGCGAUAGCUACUCUUGCAAGGAAAUAUCAAUCUAUCAGAAAGGCUGUAGAUGAAGAUCUGAUGUUAUUCCAAGAUGAAAUUUUCAACAUUGAGCCAUUGCAAGGCAAGCUUUGGCCAAACACAGAGAUUACUUGCUGUGUGACCUUCAAGCCCCAAGGUCCACUUCAUUACUCCUGUACAGCUUUCUGCAACAUCACCUGCUCUGAGGAGAGACUUCCUCUUAAUCUGACUGGGCAAGGAAUUGGUCCAAAAGCUGCUCUCUCAAUCAAAGAAUGGGAUAUUGGAGAUAUUUUUGUCAACUCAGAGCAAGAGUACAGAAUUGCAAUUGAGAAUAAGGGAGAUAUUACCUGCUACUACAAGCUAAUUCCUUACGAAACUCCUUUCGGAUCAAAAUUCCAUUUCUCUAAGACUGAAGGAAAACUUGGAGUAAAAGACAACCAAAGUGAUAUCAUUAUAGUUGCUUUCAAGAGUGACAUACUUGGAGAGUUUUCUGAGACAUUCAGAUGGGCCUUAGACGGCAGUGUAGAAAUGCUCUCUCUUACAUUCAAAGGACAUGUAGUUGCUCCUACAUUCAAAUUCUCUGAAGAGAUUAUUGACUUUGGACAGGUCUCUUAUAAAUUCCCUUCCAGAAAAACUGUAUAUUUGACCAACACUUCUGAUGUAGAGAUCAAUUAUGUAAUCAGAGUCCCUGGAGACGAAAGAUCCUUACAGAAUGAAUUCAAUAUUGAGAAUGAUCGGGGAAGACUUGCUCCAAAAGAGAAGCAAGAGAUCAUUAUUGAGUUCAUCCCCUCUUCCCAGAGAACAUAUGACAUGUGCUUGAUGGUCGAUUUAGAAGGAGUUGGCCAGGACAUGCUUGCUGUACCUAUAAAAGCCGAAUGCUUAGUUCCCACAGUCCUUCUCAAUCCUUCUGAUUACCUUGACUUUGGAGAUGUAUUUUUAAGACAUCCAAAAACAGUUGAAAUGGAGCUAAAGAACACUGACUAUCUCGAAGCUAAAUUUGAAAUUGUCGAGCAAGAAGAAAAUUAUAAGAGAGUCGGUAUCUUCAAAGCUGACCAAGAAAGUGGAAUUAUUCCACCUCGGAGCUCUAUCAAACUACAAAUCACAUUGAGAACUGAGAUGAUUACUCAAAAUGUGAGGAUUCCAAUGACUAUUAAGGUGGAAGGACUCCCUCCAUUCAUGCUGAAUGUAUUGGCUAAUAGUACUGGACCAAAGGUUGAUUAUGACCAUGAUGCACUAGACUUUGGAGCUGUAGAAGUAUUACACAACGUGAUUAAACCAUUAAAAAUCACCAAUAUAUCUAAAAUCCCUGCAGAAUAUACUGCUUUUACUAAGAAUAAAGUAUCAAUCUGGAAGGUCAUCCAAAGACAUGGAAUACUACAGCCUGAUGAAAGCAAGACCUUAGAAGUGGUCUGUAAUGCUGAUGAAUGCCAGAAAUUCAAUGAUACUCUCCAUAUUAUUAUCAACAAUGGAGUUGACCUUGAAGUUGGGUUAAAAGCUAGAGGUAUUGGAACCACUCUUGCAUGUAAGCAAAACCUAAAAGAGGUUAACUUCGGAACUAAAUAUACUCAUUCUAAUGAAACUCUUGAAUUCUUCCUUGAAAAUAGAGGAAGGAAGCCUCAGAAAAUCCAAUGGACUAGAGUAAACAAGCCGAAUGAUAGAAAGAAGAAGCCAAAGAAAGAUGAAGAAAACAAAGAAAAUAAGGAUGCAGUCUCUGAGAAUAAAUCUAUGAUCUCUGAAAAGAAAGAAGAAGUAGAUGAACUUAAGUAUGUUUUUGCCGUCGUUCCAGAACAAGUAGAGCUUCAACCAAAAAUGGGAAUUCAUAUUCAGUUCAGAGCUAAUUCGUUCCAAAAAGGUGAAAUGUCUGAACAAUUCAUAUGAACUACAAUCGUUAGAGGAGAAAGAAGGCCAAAAGAAGCUUAUAAGACAACUUGUAUUGGGCAAUUUAUUGGGCCUCAACUCGAAUAUUCAGAUCCUAAGUUAUCAUUCAAAUACAGAUGGGAAAAGAACGUUCAUGCCAUGCCAAUUCCUAGGCCUUUGGAUAUCACAAAUAUUGGAAAUCUGCCCACAACUAUCUAUUUGAAAAUAGUUCCUCCAUUCAGCUGUCAGACUGAAAAUCUUACUCUUCCUCCUCAGAAAAAGGAGACAAUUUCUAUUGAGUUUGACCCAGGCAUGAAACAAGAUAGGAUAUCUGGAGUGAACGAAAGUAAGCUCCAGAUUACUCACAAAGGCCAUCCUCAGAAAGAUUAUGUUGAAUUAUUUGGAGAAGUAUGCUAUCCAAAUCUCAAAAUCGAUCCUGCAGCAAUUGACUUUGGAUGCAUCCUAAAUGAUACCUCUAAAAAGAGAUACAUCACAAUGACUAAUACUUCAGAGAUGGUAUGCACUUACGAUUGGUCCUUCCUUGAAGAGGAGACUACCUCUCUCAACAGAGAUGAUGAUGAAGUCAAAGAAAAGAAGAAAGAAACUCCUAUCAAUGAAGUAUUUGACAUUCUUCCAGUCAGUGGAAUCCUCAAAGAAGGAGAAACAGAGACUGUAGAGUUUACUUACUAUGCCGGCCAUGGAAAAGAAUAUAAUGGAAUUGCUGUAUGCUCAGUCGAUGGAGGACCUGAUUACCAAGUGCCUCUACAAGGAAAGAGUUCUUUUGUUUCCUACCAGUUAUCGACAAAAGAAAUUGAUUUUGGAGAAAUAAAUUACUGCAGCCACGACUCAAAAGACUUCUAUCUUGAGAAUGCUGGAAAAGUCCCAUUUGAGUUCAAUAUUAACCUAUCUACCUUAACAAGACAAUCAAUUCUUGAGGUCAGCCCAAUGACUGGAAAAGUAAUGAGCGGAGAGAAAUUUAGAAUCAACCUGAAGUUCAGACCCGGAGUUCCAGAUAACAUAGAUGAAAUAUUCUUGGUAGAAUGUGCUCACUUCCCUGCAGAAAGAUUCAAGAUAAAGGCAGUGGGAAUCUGCCCUGGAGCCCUCUUGACAUUCCCUAGAAAUGAUGCCUCUUUCCCUGAAAGAUUUGAGAAGACUAAGAGAUUAAUGGAGAAAAAUAAGCUCAAAUAUGACGCUAAGUUUUCAGGAGAUGAUAUCCAAGUUGUCGUAGCUGGAAAAGGCAAGCAAGAUAAGUUCCAGCUUGAUCCUUACCAAAUGGACAUUGAAGCAGAGACUGACAGACUCUUCCUAUGUGAAAAAUUAUUAGAGCAAGAAGAGGCUAGCCAAGCAAGGAGUGCUAUUGGAAUAAAUGAAUCUGGGGGAGACCAACUAGGAGCUACUGGAAGAAGAGGAAGAAUGACUCCAGUUAGAGCAGCUGGCCCAGCUGACGAAGAGAGAAAUGCAGUGACUGAAGAAAGCAAUAAAGUAUUUAUCACAAACUAUAUCUGCAAUUUCGGAAACAUAAUUGUGGGACAGAGUAAAAGAAAGACGUUUAGAAUGACUAAUUGUGGUAAAUAGCCCUCUAAACUUCCAACUUGAUCCUAGGAUUCUGCAGCAGGUUGGCCUUUCUAUUGAUCCAGCUAGACCACCAAAGCAACUUCCUCCAAACUCUUCAAUGCAAUUCACAGUGGUAUACACAACCAGGAAAAAUGCUAAGCAUGGAAAAGUAAAGAACAUUGUACCAUUCCAUCUUUCAUAUGGAGCUUCAUACACAAUUGAGUUUGUUGCAAACUUGACUAUCCCAGAAAUCUCAAUUUCUCCAGACAACCUUGAGUUCAAUAAGGUCCUUGUUGGUACCAGGAAAAUUGUUAAAGUUCGCUUCGAAAACAUCAAUAAAAUUUCCUGUGACUGGAGUUACUAUUCUAAAGAAAGUAUCCAAAAUGCUGGAGCUUCCAAGGAGGCAGAUAAGUUCUGAGUGAGUCCUCUCUCUGGACAUCUCCUUCCAGGACAGAAACAGACAGUUGAUGUUAUCUUCACUCCAACUCACGAGAAAGUGGCUACUCAGAAGCUUCAAUUUAAAUGCAACCACAACAAUAAACUGUUCGUGCUAAAUGCCCGAGGACAUGGAAUAAACUAUGCGUUGGAUGUAAUUGACAGCUCUAUUGAAAUGGGUCCUGUGCUUCCGUAUGAUAAGUCUGCUGAAAGAGUUAUCCAACUCAGGAAUCCAAUGUCUCUUCCCAUCGAAGUGUUCAGCACUGAAUUCGACAAGCAGUACAUCGAAGAGGAAGAGAUUCUGAAAAGAUAUGACCCAUUGAACACAGACAAAGGAGAUCCUAUAUUUGAAGCAUUCAGAGAGGCUGGUUCAGGAUUUAGCCAGAAUAUUAGACAAGCUGAUGAACAGAAGAGAGAGUAUGAAGCAAUGCAAGAUAGAAUCGCGGCAAUUGAAGAACGACUGGAAAAUGACUUCAAGCCACCUCAACAAGAGGAAAAGCCUGAGGGUCAGGAAGAUAAAGAAGGAGAUGAAGCAAAAGAGCCAGAGCCACUUUCUGAAGAGCAACAGAAAGAGAAAGAGGAAUUAGAGAAGGAGAAAUCAGAGUUAGAGCAAAAACUCGCUGAGAUUGACCCUGCCCGAAAAGUUGAGAAGGUAGUUAAGCCAAGAGUAAAAACCAGAGACAGGCUAAGUGUGAUCAUCUUUGGUCCUGAAAAAUGUGGAAAGAGUACCCUGGCUCACUUCCUUUCUGAGGAGCAUCAGAGAGGAAUAGUCAGCCUCGCAGAUUUACUCUCCUGGUGAGAGAAGAACGCCACUCCUACUUAUGAGGAAGUCGCUAAGUACCUUGAAGAAAGAGAUGUUGAAUGUAAAGCACAGGAAGAGCUUGAAAAGAAGAAAAAGAAGAAGGGUGAAGAAGAGUUCGACCCAAGAGUGUACAAAUUUAUCCCUAAAGAAAUGCUCAUGAAACUCAUACAAGAAAGAUGCAGCGAUGAAGAAUGAAAUGCAGGAGUCAUUUUCGACAAUAUUCUUUGAGACAAUUGGAAAGAUGAGAAGACUAUCAUUGACGCUAUCUGUGAUGCUCUCCAAGAAGAAACUGUAUCCCUCGUCACCAUCGGACUCAACAAGGUUGAAGAUGGUUUAGAGUAUUGUGAGAACUACAAGUACAAGCUCCGUAAAAUGGUUGCUGAUAAGACAGUUGAAAAAGAAGCUCUUGAUAGAACAUUCGCGGAGAGGGACACUUCGCAAGGAAAACCUGGCAGGAGAGGCCGGAAGAGAGAUGUCUUGACUGAGGAAGAAAAGAGCAGGAUCGAAGAGCAGAAACGCAAAGCUGAGGAAGAAGAAAGAGCUAGGAUAGCUAAAGAGGAAGAAGACCGAAAGAGACUAGAUGAACCGCAGCCUAAAAUUCUCGACGAUGAAGAGAAAGAGCAAUACACUUCUAAGCUACAGGAAAUACUAGAACUAUUCACUGAGAUCAAUCUAAGGCAGAUGAACCAGAAGCACGAAAAAGCAGAUGAGGCAGAAGGAGAAGGCCAAGAGGAAGAACCACAUAAAGAAGAGAACAAGGAUAUUAAAGAUAUUGAAGAGGAUGAGAAAGCUGACCAGAAUGAAGCCGAAGGAGAGGGCAAAGAAGGUGAAGGUGAAGAAGAGAAGAAAGAUCCUCAAUACUUUGGAAAGAGAAUAUUAUUCGAAAUUCCAACCCAAUACAAUUUCAGAUAUUUAUGAGAGAAAGUCAAGGAAAAUAUUCCAGAGCCUCUAUGGCCAGAUCCAGACAAGGAGCCACUCCCUCAACCACUGGUUCAACAGAUCAUUAAGAAGCCAAGUAACAGGCCAGAUAGACCCAAGGUGACUCUCUUCAGCAUUUGGACACCUGCUGAAAACAAAGAAGAUGAGGAAGAAAAAGAAGAGAAACCUGGAGAUGAUAAGCAAGAUCAAAAAGGCAAAAAUAAGAAAAACAAAGAUCCGAAGAAUGAAGAUCUGAAUGCCCAAAAUGAAGAAGGAGAUGCGGAAAAUGGGUCAUCCCUUGACGACUCUAUUACUAGAUGGAUACUUCAGCCUGGAGAAUCAAAGCCAUUGCACAUUAAAUUCUUAUCGACAAAGGUUGGAGUGUUCAACCAGACUUUGAACUUCGAAUGAGUUGGAUCAUCAAGGCAGUUCCCUUGAGACAUCAAAGCACUGUGUGAAUUUCCUUCAAUCAACACAAACCCAAAGAAUGUAUUUAUGGUUCAGAAGAGGCAGAGACCUCCAACUGCUCCUGAGUCUUAUCUAUCAAAAUGCUAUAUUUCUAGCGAAGGAGCAUUUGAUUUUGGACCACUCUUGAUAGGAAAAGAUCCUGAGAAGCGAAAUGAUGAAGAUGAUAACAGUGGACUUUUGAGAAAAGCAAAUUCCUCCCAGUUCAGAAUCUCAAACAAUAGCAAAUACAAUAUUCAAGUCAAGUUUGCUCUCGAGAGUACCUUGAUGUCAGAAGAGACUCAGCCAAAAUCUCCAUUCAUUCUUGAGCCUGAACUAAUGGACCUUAAAGUUGAAGAAACACAGGAAUUCACAGUUUGGAGCUUCCCUGAAGAAGAUAAGUUCUAUGAAGACAAAGUAGUAGCUUUGAUAAAGGAAAACCCUAAUCCAGCAAUCUUCAACUUAAAGUGCACUGGAGUCAAGCCCAUUAUAAAAGUUGACAAUCCGAUUGUCCAGUUCGACAGGUUGCUGCUCAAUAAACCAGCUAAGAGAAUUCUCAAGCUGACUAACGACUGCCAGAUUCCUGUGAAAUGGGAACUCAAGAGUGAGGAGCAGCUCCCAGAAGAAUUCAAGAUUUCUAAGCUCGAAGGAAUCCUCAAAGCAUGUCAGGAUGUUGAUGUUGAGAUUGGCUUCUUAUCAGAAAAGCAAGACCAGUUCAAUCACAAGCUCGCACUAGAAGUUGAAGACACUGAAGGCUUCAACAUCAAGCAAGAGCCACAGGAAAUAGAGCUUGCGGCUGAAGCUUUCGAAAUUACUGUUGAUAUUGAUCUUAAGAGCGAAGAGAAUCUACUUGAUUUCGGAGAUGUCAGGGCAGGAGAGCCAAAGCAGCUCGUAAUGACUCUCACAAACAAUGGAAAGUAUUCUGUGAAAUAUGGGUUCAACAUGAAGAAAAGAUUAACUAGAGAAAUAUUCACUAUUCGACCAGACGAAGGCGAGCUCCAGCCUGAAGAAGCUAAGGAUAUCAUAGUUCUGUUUGAGAGUAAAUAAGGAGUUUAAAAUGAAAACUAGCCACUCGACCAGUGACAUAAAGCUCACAAUUCGAGAAGGAGAGAGUAAGGAGAAAUACAAUGAAAUACCUAUAAACUUCAAUGUCAACUCUGUGUUCUCGAAAUACACAAUAGCUCCAUUGCGUAACAUCAACUUUGGCCCAAUGCAGUAUGGCGAGCAGAAGGUGCUGGCAUUCGAGAUCAUGAAUAACGGCCGCUUCCCAUUCAACUUUGCAAUCUGAGACUACAGCGAUGAAGAGGCUAAACGAGCUAUCAAGGAAGAAAGGCAGAAGGAGAUAGAAGAAAGGAGAAACAAAGCACUUGGAGAAGGAUUGGAAGAUGGAAAAGAGGCCAACAAAAAGGCUGAUCCUAAAGCUAAAGGGAAAGAAGCUAAGGGCAAAGAUGCAGGAGAAGACGUAUGUUGAAUAGAUGGAGAAGAGCUCAAGGUGUUGCCAGCGAGUGGGGUAAUUGAGCCAGAAAACUCUGCUUCUAUUAAGAUCCAUUUCUCGGCUGUUGGCGCGAAGUUCUAUGAAAAUUCACUUUCUAUUGAUAUUUCAGGUCGUGACACAAGUGAUCAGCCCGAAGGGAUCAAGUUCGACAUCAGUGCUGAGUCAUGCAUUCCUGGAAUCAACACUGAAGAUCUUGAUGCAAUCUUUGAAGAACAGACUGUGAUUCCAUCUCUCGAUCCUAGCGUGAACACUCAGUCAGUAAUCACAUCUCCUCUGUAUGCUAUCCAAGAAAAAGUGUUCUGGUUCGGAACUUUGAUUGUGUCCAAAGUGCCAGAAGGCGUUGUUGAAAAGUUCAAAAUCAUGAAUCCAAACAAGAUUCCCUGCACAGUCAACUUCAGUGUGAAUCCGAGAACUCAGUCCAAAGGAGAAGGAUUUGCUUUCGAAGUGUCUCCUGAAAGCGUCAAAAUUCCUCCUCACGAAAAUGCAUAUGUGAAAGUAAGUUUCAAGCCAAACAACAUGAUGCCUUAUGAAGGAAUCUUUGAAGCAAAUGUUGAAAAUGGAGAUCCUGAAAGUAGCUCUGGAAAAUUCACCUUCGAGCUUAGAGGAGAAGGAACCUUGCCAACUCUGAUCUUGACAAAGCCCACAGAGCUGACUGAAGAAGGACUUCCACUGCUGAAACUCAAGAAAACUAGAAUUGGAAAGAAGACAAAAGGAACCAUAACAAUUCAUAAUGAAGGAGCUGUUCCAGCAACUGUUAAAUUUAAGGCUAUUAAUCACGAAAACUUGAAAUUUAAAGGAGAGACAAGUGCAACACUAGAGCCUAAAAACUACUAUUCCAGUGAUAUUGAGUUUACUCCUACAAACGCUGAAACCAUCACUUACCAAAUGGAGUUUGAAACUCUUCACAAUCCUUUCGAGUGCCACAAAGUGGUAAUUCAGGCUGAAGGAUAUCAGGAGUCUGUGUCAUUCGAGAACCUCCCUGAGGACCAGGAAGAUGUCAUUAAAUUUGGAGACGCCAUUGUCAACAAACCGAAAUCUGUCACCUUCGAUAUACUGAACACUUCUGAAACCCCAAUAAGAUUCGAGUGGGGAGUAGCAGAGGCAGGCUUUGCAUUCAUACCCUCAGUCGGAUACCUCAGGCCCAACAGCUCCAAGAAUAUCAGAGUUAGGUACCUCACAGAAGAACCUGCAGAACUAGCCGAUGCUGAAAUUACAUGCGAUACAAAGGCAAUUACUCAGGAGACAACUGAGUUCGUAGACUGGGACGACAGCAUGACCGAAGUCAAACUCAUCAGGCCAAGUGAACUUAAAAGAAUGCUUGGAAUCAAAGAAGCCAGAGAGCGCAGAAAGAAAGAGGAAGCAGAGGCCGCUGCAACCGCUGCGAAGAAAGGUAAAAAGCCUCCUCAAAAGAAAGAAGAAAGAUUGCCAGAAGAAGACAUGGAAAUUGAUGAGUCUGAAGAACCCACUGAAGAGUAUGCUGAGGCACUGCCUGAGCCACCAUUCGAAGAAGUUGAAGGAUCUGAGAAACAGUUUGCACUUAAGGCAUCAGUCACAGCAGAUUAUGCCCGGUACGAAUGUGACGUUGACAAGAUUAUCUUCAAGCCAACUUUGAUGUUUGGUGCUCGAAGCUAUAAGUUCAAUAUUAGAAACAAAAGCAAAAUAGCAUUAAAUUAUCACUUCAAGAUCCUAAACCCUGUCACAAACACAUCAGACGCUGGAGCUUUCUCCAUCAGUCCAAGAUCUGGAGUCAUCCCUCCUGAGACAGACGAAUUGUUGAUUGUGAAGUUCGCUCCGAAUGAAAUUGAAAGAGACUUCUCUCGAAUGCUUGCCUGCAAGAUCCAGAACCUCGACCCACAAUUGCAGCCGAUCAAUAUAAAGGUGGAUGGUGAUGCUGAAAGGCCAGUUUGCCACUUCGAGCUUCCUCCCAGUCAAUACAGAGAAAAGAAAGGAAAAGACAUGGCUCCUAUCGACUCCAAGUACAAGAUUAUUGAGUUCCAGUCUUUGGGAACUAAAGUUAAGAACUUCUCCAAGUUCAUGGUGGCUAACCCCACCAACCACAGAUAUGACUUCGAGUGGGAAGAAGUGGAAGACCAAGACAUUGCCAAGACUGAAGUUAAGAAGGAGAAGCCAGUAUUUAGGUGCCUCACUCCAAAGGGGACAAUCCUUAGUGGAAAGAAAUUUAAAGUGAAUUUCGAAUACAUUCCAGACCAUGUAGGAGAGCACUACAGUUACUGGAACUUCAAGAUCCCUGCCGAAGGAAUAGUGCAACCCUUCAUGCUUGCAGGAUUUGUUGUAGAACCAAUGGUACUAAUCGAAACUGGAAAGAUUAACUUUGGACCAUUACUAAUUGGUGGAAAGAGUAGAGAAACUGUAAACCUAAUCAACCAGGAACACAUUCCAUUUACUUUCUACUUUAACAAAAACUCUAUCAACGAGAACCCUGAUUAUGGAGAUUCUUUGAAGAUUUCUCCUCUUUCUGGAACUGUUCCUCCUCAAUCUCAAGUGCCAAUUGAGGUAUUAUUCAAGCCAAAAUAUGAGACUGAGUACAAUUACAACUUAAUCUGUAAUGUCAAAAACAAAGCAAGACCACUGGUGCUCAAUGCUAAAGGAGUUGGCUAUUCCAUCCACUACGGAGUUCUUGCAGACAAAGCCCAAAUUCCGGUUCUGCCUACUGAGUCUCACAGCUUUGAAUUCGGAGACUUCUUUGUGAACGAAAAGAAAACCAAAUCAAUCAUCAUAGAAAACAAGGGAGACUUCAGCUUUGACUUCCAGUUCAAGAGGCAAGCCAACAAAUAUAUAACGAUUGAGCCUGAGAAUGGCACUGUCAAUAAAGGAAACAGUCUCAAUGUGGAUAUUAUAUAUCUCCCAAAGAACACACAUAAGCUUCGGAAUUACAAAUGCUUGUUGAAGAUUGCAUCAGGACCUAAGUUCAACUUCCUUCUAAAUGGAACUGCUCGAAAACCAGGAAUAGAAAUGUCAUUCCAGCAAUAUGACUUCGGAGCAUGCUUCUUCACCAGACAGCCAAUGCCAGUGCAGGCAGUGUUAGAACUAACCAACAACGAUGACUCUGCAAUUUCUAUCGAAACCAACUUUGAGAAGAAGCCCUACCUCGAUGUGCAGCUAUCUCCAGGUGAAGUCUUGUUGCCAUCAACCAAAGAUAAGAAAGAGAAGCUAUUGAUUCCGAUCAUCUUCACUCCUCGAGAAAUUAGGAAAUACAACGAGGUAGUCACAUUCGACUUUAACGGAAUUUACUCGAUCGAUGUUGCCAUAAAAGGAGAAGGAAUUCCAAUGAUCAUCGAACUCAAAGACCCAGACCAACACAUAGUUGACUUCGGAAUUGUCUCGAAAGGAGCUGAUAUUACAAAAACAGUGGACUUGAUCAACAAGAGUAGGAAGGCCAUCCAGUUCUCACUUACUAGUGAAAAUCCAGAUGACCUGAAGAAAAACCAGCUGAGCAUCACUCCUUCUGAUGAGGUAACUUUGAAAUCGAAAAAGUCUAUGCCUAUUGAAGUUAGAUUCAACCCCAAAAACAGAAUGCCAAACUUCUCUCAUGAUAUUCUGCUAAAUGUUAAAGGUAAUGAAUCUAAAAAGGUUUUCACAGUCCAAGGAGUCUCUCAUGGAAUAGAGCUUAAGCUUAUGGAAGAAGUUGUUGGAUUUGGUUCAGUAAUCAAGGGAAGUAGGCUUACUAAACAGCUACAACUCGCUAAUUUCGGUGAUGUCAGAGCUAAAUACAAAUGGGAUACUAAGGCUUACUCUAAGAACUUCACUAUUACUCCAGAUAGUGGUUAUAUCCCACCUCAUGAAGAUAUUUAUCUAGAUAUCACUUUCCAUCCAAGGAGAGUGGACAAUGACAUCCAUGUUAAGAACAUUGCAUGUGAAUACACUGGGGGAGGUGUUCUCAAUCUUUCCUUAAUGGGAAAAUGUAUUGCUCAAGAUGAAGAACUCACCAAGGAGAUUCAGUUCGAGACAAUGGUCAGGAAAGCAACAACCCAGAAUGCAACUGUUCAGAACCCAACAGACAAAGAAUGGAGGAUAAAGCCAACUAUUUCUACUAGCAAAGAUUCUAUUAAAGAUUACUUCAGAGGAGCUGAUAACUUGGUAGUCCCGCCAAAUGGAAGUGCUGAGUUUGAAAUCACUUAUCUUCCAUUAACAAUGACAAAAGAGAAAGAAUUAGCUAAAGAGAAUGAAGAAGAAAAGGAAAUGGUUACUGAGUUCCAUGAAGCUUCCUUGUUCUUCCCAUUGCCUGAUGGAAGAGCUGAAUUGUACAAGCUCUUAGGUAAAAGUGAAAAACCAAAUGCUCUUGAUCAGAUCGAAGUUGAAGUUGAAGCAAAGAAGAGGAAAUACAUCAAUAUUCCAAUUGAAAAUUGGCUUAAGACUGGACAGAGAUUCAGUGUUAGUCACGAAAUCGAAGGAGAACCUGAUGAGACUACGUUUAUUAGAGGUGCUAAUACUUUUGAUGUCCAAGCUAACUCCUCUAAGGAUUAUAAACUCAACUUUUUGACUUAUAAAGAGGGAGAAACACACUUUGUCACGACAUUCAAAAAUGAACAAUCUGGAGAAUACAUCUUCUAUAACGUAAAAGUUAAGGCAACUGAGCCAGGUAUUCAAUCAAGCCCUAUUGAAUUGGUUUGUCCAGUUAGAGAGACUGCUACAAAGCUUAUUACGAUAGAAAAUCCAACAAGCAAAGAUAUUCAAAUUUCAAGAGAAGAUUUCAAAUUUGAAAAUGAAUAUAUUGAGAUUGCUCCACAAGUCCUGAAGAUUCCUGCUCAAUCUGAGAGAUACUUUGAGAUUACAUACAGACCUCUGAUUGCUUCUGAAGAGACAGAAGAGUUGACUCUCAAUUGAGCUGAUUUGGGAUUAUAUAAGUAUGAGCUUAUACUAAAGGGACUUGUUUCCACAGCUCAACCUUCUCUACAUUUCAAAUGUACACUCGGAUCUGAGCUAAUGCAACAAUUCAAAUUCAAGCACUAUCUUAAAAAACCAACUAACUAUGCCGUGAAAGCAGAAGAUAUGGAAGGACAUCCAUCAACUUGCUUCAAAGUCGAGCAGGCCCAAGUGCAAGCUCCAGCUUCUGAAAAUAACAAUGGAGUUGGUGUAAGCGUCAAUAUUAGGUUUGAACCUAACAAUAUUGGAGAAAGUAGAGCCUUGCUGAAAUUAGCAAGUCCUGAAAAUAUUGAAUAUACUUGACUGCUGUAUGGACACUCUACUGCUCCUCAACCUCAGGGACCAUUCAAGAUUCCUACAGGAAAGCCAAUUACAAUUGAAUUCAAGAAUCCACUAAUUGAGAAAGCACAAUUCAUUGCUACAUUUGAUAAUCCAAUAUUCUCUCUAGCAUCCAAGAUGCCAGAUGUCUUGGAGCCUGGUAAGCCUAUCCAGCUUUCAGUCACAAAGAACAAGGGAGAUGAUGAUGCUAAUCCUCCAACAGGAAGGAUGAUAGUAUCGACGAAGGGAAUCAUUCCAUGGGUUUAUUAUCUACAAUCUGAAGAUUAA